ACUAUUUCUACCUUCUGCCAGAGACAAGAAUGGACAGCGUUGGCGCGACCGCCCGCACGCCACGCAACGAGCUCAGCCGCUGGAAGAGCUACCGGGACGAGGAAGAGUCGCUGCCGCUACUCCAGCAUGGCGCACCCAAGACGUCGAUCGCUGUCGUUGAAGAUGCGCCCACGGAUGCGUCGGACAAAUACUUCAAGGUCGGUCUCUAUGGCCUUGUGAACGCCAUCAUCCUCGUGCCGCUCAUGAUCAGUUUUGCGCAAAUCAUCUUUCGCGACCCGGUCUUCCAGCCAUUCUUGUCCGAGCUCGUCAAGCUCACAAUGGUGUCUGGCGCCGUGCAUCAGCUCUGCUUCUCGGUCUCGAGCACGCUGCCGUUCGCGGUCGGUCAAGUCCAGGACGCCGGCCUCAUCUUCCUCUCGGCGAUGGCCACAUCGAUUGUCUCGAUCCUCAAGGCCUCCAACGACGCCGUGACGAUGGAAGACAUCCUGUCGACGACGCUGUGGACGCUCUGCGGCUCGACCGCGCUCCUCGGUGUCGCGCUCAUCAUCACGGGCAAGCUCAAGCUCGCGAGUUUCGUCCAGUACCUCCCGAUGCCUGUUGUCGGCGGGUACCUCUCGUUCAUCGGCUUCUACUGCUUUGAGGCGGGUCUCUCGAUGAUGUCGUCCAAGGAGAUCACGUCCAUCCUCGACUGGCAUAAGCUCGCGGACGCCAAGUCGAUGCUUCUCUGUGCGCCGGGCGUCGUCGGUGGCAUCUUCCUCUUUGUCAUGACGCAACGCAUCCGGCACUUUGCGGCCCUUCCGACGUGCAUGCUCUCGAUCCUCGUCGUGUUUUACCUCGGUAUGGUCGUCUCGGGCUCGUCCUUUGAAGACGCGCGGGCGUUUGGCUGGAUUGCCGCGCUGCCCAACGGAACGCUCUCCGUGGCCGACAUGUACAAGCACUUUCACGCCGACCUCUUCCACAUGGAAGUGCUCACGCCGCAGAUCCCGACGUGGAUCGCCAUGUACUUUGUCGUUGCGUUCUCGUCGUCGCUCGAUGUCGCGGCCAUUGAGAUGGCGCUGCACAAGCCGCUCGACCACAACGCCGAGCUUCAAACCGUGGGUUGGUCCAACCUCGUGUCGGGUCUCACGGGCGGCUUUACCGGGUCGUACAUCUUUUCGUCGACGAUCUUCUCGAUGAAGUCGGGCGUCGACAGUCGCUGGACCGGUGGUCUCAUCUUUGCGCUCGAAAUCGCCUUGGUGCUCAGCCCCUUCUCGAUCAUUGCGUACGUGCCCAAGCUCUUUUUCGGCUCGCUCAACGCGCUCAUUGGCAUCGACCUUGUCAUGGAGUGGAUUGUCCAUGCCAAGAAGAGCAUGCUCUGGGCCGAGUACGCGAUCCUCUGGUUCACGUUUCUCAUCAUGAACUUCUGGAACCUCGAGGCCGGCAUCGUGCUUGGCAUUGUUGCUGCCGGUAUCAACUUUAUCUUGUCGUACGUCGAGUCGACGGUCGUGCGCCGCGUCGCGCGCCAAAGCCUCGUGAAGCGCGACCUGCGCGAACGCGCGCUUCUGUACCAAGUCCGGUCGGCGAUCGUCAUGCUCGAGCUCGACGGGUUCGUCUUUUCGGGAGUUCCGUCGCGAUUCUCAACCAAGUCCGCAAGCACAUUACGACGACCGAUGUGCUCGAGCGAAGCUAUGCGCACGUGCCGACAGUCCGAACGCGCUUUGUCGUGCUGGAUUUCGAGCGGGUCCGCGGCGUCGACGUCACGGCCGUCCGCAGUUGCUUUACAGCCACGAAAGAACACCUCAUGGCCCACGGCAUCACGCUCGUGUUUGCAGCGCUGCCCGCCUCGGUACGUGGCAUGUUUGACCUCCACGACGUCCUUGCGCAGUCGAGCGUCUUUGACACGAUGGAGAUGGCCAUCGAGUGGUGCGAAGACACCUUGCUGCAGAUGAAUGGCGCGACGCCGAUCUUGGACCAAAUGCAGUACCACUUUGCGAAGGGCCAAGUGACGCCGCUCCUCGAGAGCUUCCUCCGCCACCGACGUGCGACGACGCCAAGCUCGACGACGCGCUCCUUCAGACGUACUUUGUGACGUCCAAGGAGCCGGCCGGGAAGCGGAUUUACGAAAGCGGCGACGAAGUGCAAGGUGUGUACCUCGUUGGGAAAGGCCAGGUCGACGUCUUCGUACCCCGGGACAUCCACGAGUACAUGGGCUUUGAGGGCCGGAAGCGCAUCGUGCGCGUCACCCACGGCGCGUGGCUCGGCGACGUCGACAUGGUCCUCAACAACCGCCACAACCUCACGGCCGAGACGAAGAGCCCGUGCUUUCUCUUCUACCUCGAUCGCACGGCGCUUGCCAAGAUGCGUAUUGAGCACCCACAUCUCGCUGCGCGCUUCGACAACGCGAUGCUGCAGUCGAUGGCCAUGUGGAUCAUGGAGUCGCACGGCAACGAAACCUAGCGUGUGCUCUAUCAAAUGCUAACAAAUGCGUAUGUUGCUGUGGAG